UCAAUAUCGAGCUCGCUAUGGAGAACGACAUACUGAACGAGAUAAGCCGCUUCCUCGAGGAGGUCGAACCGUACGAUCCGGCAAAUCUCGGCAUGAGGAAUAUAGGAGAUCGACCGCCGGUAACCAGCAAGCCAGGUCCGAGCGACGACAAAGACCCAGGACCAUCGCCAACUGAGGAACAAGCGAUCCAUCCACCGCGCCACAACAUCCCGGUGGUAGGCUGCGUCUCCGGACAUUGGGUUCAGCCUUCAGAUCAAGUGCACAAACGGAAAAUGGAAUGGCUGUGCAAUCCACCGACGGUCAAGUCAAAAUCCCGGAAGCUGCCACCGCGCACGGAACCAUCCAGACCCAGCCUCGAACCAGCCGGGGUGAUGGAACCGCUGCCAGCACUAUCCACGCCUGUCGAAGUGGAGCCAGGACAUCUCAUCGAGGUGCCCCACUUUGCAAUCCACAGCACCCGAGAGUGGAAAACGCGCUCCAGAGGCUCAGGUGGCACAUCCGCUUUAACGAAGACGGGUCCGUUCGAAAAAUCCGUAAGUGAGAUCCCUAAAAUGCUGUGCCUUAGAAUUCAGGCACAGAAAGGGGGGAAUCAAAAGUAACCACAAGAGUAGUUACAAGCAGGUAGUUACAUGUGUCCCGUCGCGACCGAUGGGACAACUACCUGCUUGUGGCUAAGGAAUAGCUCACGAGUGGUUCGUGCAAGGAGAGAAACGAAAGUAAUUUUACUUGAACGCAAUAUGUUUGUAUAAAUAAUGUAACAGAAACUAUUUUAUUUGAUGCGAAUGAUUACAAUUAAGUGCGCGGACAAUACAAGCAAUGCGUGUUUUUCGCGAAACAGUAUAAUAAAGAUGUGUGCUUAUAUACAAGUGUGUGAAACGCGGGUAUGUACAGAUGCGAAGGCGUGAGAUCGCGUAACGGUGUAAUAAACGUGUGGUUAGUAUUGCGCGCGGCGCUAGCUGUCGAGUACGAGUUUCGCGUAUUUCAGAGCGGGUGCGGAUCCUGGGAGCGGGACGCGUGAGUCGUAUCGGUAGGGUACGUGUGACGGUCUGCAAGGCCUGCCCAGGAUUUUGGUUUUUCAGGAUUUUUGGCUGGCCGAUCGAGAUGCUCGAUCGGGGGUGAGACUCUCGUCCCUGUGACCACUGGUCAGGGCGUGGUAGUUUCGGUGUACUAGGCAGCCAAGUACUCUUGGUGGGGGCAAAGACACUUCACCCCGAGUGCCUAGAGACGGUGGUGAUUAGAGGUGGGAAGUGUUCGGCGAGUCGGUUGCCACAGUAACCAUGCUUGCUUGGUACGAUAGUUUGGACGGCCGAGUAGGAAUGGGCUCAGGAUGACGAUGGCCGAUCAUCAAGAAUACUUGGUCGAGGCGAAGACGCUUCACCCCGGGAAAUCGGUUUCUCGCCGAGUUUUAACGUUCUGUCGAAUGCCUGGUACGGACGGUAUCGUGGCGGAUGACAGAGUCGAAUCUUCGGGCUGUUCCUGGCUUCUAUACCCGUGGAGGCGCGUACUUGGGUAAGUUCGUCGUAUUUUCGAUCCCCUCCGUCCUCCGUGCUCCUGUCUCCUGUGGAGGAGAUGAGCGCGUGCACGGGGAGACGUCAGUACAGUGGGCUGAAUGACAAAAAAAGCGGAUACAGAAAAUGGUGAAUUUCAUACAUUCAAAAUUGCAUCAAUGGUUAUAGUUAUUAUUUCAAGGUUAUUAGUUCAAGGCUUAAAAUUAGUGUUAAUAAUUUUUUUACUUUUAUUUUUUAAUUAAACAAAGUUUUGAUGAUUGAAAGUAAACAUCGUUUAUUUACAUAUUAAAAUAUUUUAUUUUAGUUUGAUUUCAAAUAAAUGCCAUAAACACAAUUAUUGUCCAAUUUAAAAAAACUAAAGAUUAUUUUAAAGAAGAACAUGUAUG